AGAGCACGCAUGCAGCCCAUCAUCUCGGUAUUUCAACUUGAAACCUUAUCUCCUUUCCCGUCCUCUCAUCUUCGAUCUUUCGAUGUGUAGUGAAGACUCUUGCUAUCCUCCUGAUCUUGCUGCAAUUUUGUGUUACAAAGCCUACCCAACUCUCGUGUCGGCAGUGACACCGGCAGAGCUUACAAGCGAAUCAAAGAUCGAGCCCGAUCUCCUUCGCAGUGGUAUCCGCUUGGCGGCUUCAGCCAACGCACAUUGCUGGAUGAGUAAAAUUGGUAUAGUGCUUCCGACCGAGAGCCAAUCUUCAGAAGCUUCUAGCGGGCCUACAGGCUUCGGAUUUGGGUUUGCGAUACCUGAGUAUCCUACACGUCCAACAAUAGUCCAUUCUAGACCUUUGUUCCAUUUGAAAACUAAUGACUGGAUGCACCCCUCACAGCGGUGUGUUUCGUCAAGCGGAGGCAACCGUUGGGGAGAAGGCUCCGCCCAAAACCUGAACCAGGCCGCAAAGGAGCAUAUUCUACCCUCAUCACGCAACUAGUUGCGGUACAACAACAGGGAGCAUGGUCCACAUUCCACCUUUCUCGCGUAUGUCCAGACCCGCGAUCACUUGCAUUGCACAUUGACCGUCGCACCUGUUCUCGGCUCACGAAAUCC